UGAAUAAACUAAACUAAAAAUAAGUGUACUCUAGUGAAUAAACUAAACUAAACGUAAGUGGUCUAAAAUGAUUAAACUAAACUCAAAGUAAAUGUACUCUAGUGAAUAAACUAAACUAGAAGUAAAUGUACUCUAGUGAAUAAACUAAACUAGAAGUAAAUGUACUCUAAUGAUUAAACUAAACUAAAAGAAAAGUGUACUCUAGUGAUUAAACUAAACUCAAAGUAACUGCACUCUAGAAUACACAAAAAUAAAUAAAAGUGUACUCUAGUGAUUGAACUAAACUAAAAGUAAGUGUACUCUAGAAUACACAAAAAUAAAUAAAAGUGUACUCUAGUGAUUAAACUAAAAUCAAAGUAAGUGUAAUCUAGAAUACACAAAAAUAAAGAAAAGUGUACUCGAGUGAUUGAACUAAACUCAAAUUAAGUGAACUCAAGAAUACACAAAAAUAAAUAAAAGUGUACUCGAGUGAUUAAACUAAAAUUAAAGUAAGUGUAUUCUAGAAUGCACAAAAAUAAAGAAAAGUGGACUCUAGUUAAUAAACUUAUCUGAAAGAAAGUGUACUCCAGUUAAUAGGACAAAACUAAGAGUGAACUCCAGUGAAUAUGACAAAACUAAAAGUGUACUCCAGUGAAUAAAUGAAACUAUAAGAAAGUGUACCCGAGUGAUUCUUGAAUUAUUAAGAUGACUGAUGAACACUUUAAGAUACUUUUAAUUCUCUGCAUUUUCCUUUCUCAAUCAGUUGGAGAAGAUAAAACAAGAUGGAGAAGAGGAGAACAAGAAGAAGAAGAAGAAGAAAUGCAAGAAGGAAGAAUUAUUUCAUCAUCUGCAGAAUUCAGGCUCAAGGAGGGGGAAACUGUUAUUUUCCCCUGUCAUACAGUGUUCCAAGGUAGUUCUGUUAUAACCUGGAGCUGGGCGGGUAAGCUGGUUUCUGCAGGAAAUGUCAAGGUAUUAGGAGAGGAUCGUAUUCAAGUCCUUGAAGAUGGAAAAGAAUUGAGAAUAGAAAAUAUAAGAGUAGAGGAUCGAGGUGAAGUCUCCUGUACUCUUAAUCUUAAAUCUAAUCCUCAACAUCUAAACCAUACGCUGCAAAUAUUAGUUCCUCCCAGAGCACAUAUUAUCGGAGCCAAGACUUUGAACCUGACAGAGGGAGAGAGAUUAAAACUUUCUUGUACUGUACAUGGAUACCCUAUACCUACUGUACACUGGUCUAAACAGGGUCCAGGAAGCAGUAUUGGUACAGGUGCAACUCUAGUUGUACAUGAAGUUAAGAAAGAUAAUGCUGGGUUGUACACAUGUACAGCUAGAAGUUCAGAGGGACAGAGUACAGAUACAGUAUCUGUACUUAUCUUGUAUAAACCCAUAAUAAAACUACAGAGGAAGUUUCAAAGAGAAAAUACGGAAAAAAUAUUUUCUUUGGCCUGCUCCAUAAAUGCUAAUCCACCAGCUAAGGUUUCCUGGUUUAAAGAUGGGAAAUACUUAAAAACUGAAAACCUUCAAGAAGGAUCUGAACAACAUCAUUUUCUCUCGGUGAAAUCUCUCAAGAGUAUACUAUACAGACUCAAGAGUAAGGCUAAUGGAGAGAAGGUUGGUGAAUCUGAGGGAACCUGGCACAAUCUAGCUCUAAUAUCAGAUACAGGGGCACAACAAGGGGUAGAGAAGGAUGAGUAUAAAAUGGAUUUAACUGGAUUACUAAGUGAUGCUGAAUAUGAAGUAAGGAUUAGAGCAAUGAAUAAGCAAGGAUGGAGUCAGUUAUCCCAACCUUUCUUCUUUAAAACUUCAGGAUCUGUGUUUCAGCUGGAAAUACCCCUGUUUACUAAACGACAGCUGACAAGUGAAGGAAACUGCUUAAUUUCAUCAAAAUAUAUAUUUUCACUAUUUUUUGUUCUGGCGAAAUAUUUUAUCUAAAUAGCAUUAUUUCAUUGUAUGAAAGAUAUCAUAUUAAAGGGACUGUAUGCACAAUUUAAUGUAGCCCUUCAUGGAAAGAUGGCAAUGCCACAUUCACAAUGGUACCUUUAAAAGCUUAGUCUGAAAAAUUAUGAAUCAUAUAUCAAUGUGUAUGACUUUGAAAACUGAUUAUUCACAAUUGUGGUCUCAAGAAAAGGUUUCAAGGGUACCGUUGCAAUCAGUGCAUGAA